GCGGAGAAGAGGAGCUCCUCUCAGCCAGAAACCUCAUAGACCAAAGGAACUCGGAGAUGUACAAAGUGACAGUGGCUAUAGUUUCACUGUUAGACCUGCAGAACACUGGCUGUCGGUUGUUGAAAGUGGUAGUGGAGAAAGAGCUGAUGCAGGCCGGGUUGCUCCGCAAGCAGCUAAAUGAGGUCCAGACAGGGAAGCAAGAGCUGGUCAUUAAAUAUGAGGAACAACUGCAGCGUGUCAAAGAUGAGUUGUCUAAGCUGAAACACAGCUACCAGAAGCUUCAGAGUAAACAGCUGAAGGAGUCUCGUGAAGGAGCCAAGAGCCGAGAGGAGGACAGGACAGAGGUGACCCGCCUCAAUGGAAAGAUAGAGGAGUUCCGUCAGAGGUCAGCGGAGUGGGAGAACCAGAGGAUGCAGUACCAGAAGCAGGUGUCGUCCCUGGAGACCCAGAGGAAGGGUCUGGCAGAGCAGUUCACUAAUAUGAAGUCCCAGGGUGCAGCGUGGCUACAGGACCCAGGAGGAGGGCGUGCCGGGCAGGCAGAUCUGCAGAGGCUGAGGGGUCAGUUGGAGAGGGCCCAGGAUACACUGCACUCCCAGGAACUGGAGCUGGAACGACUCAGACACCUCCAGGAGCAGCUGAGGGGAGAGCCCAGGAGGGGACAGCAUGUGCUGACAGAGGAGAAGGAGGGGCAAAAGCAGCAGUUCUGUAAUGACCUGUCCAAGCUGACCAGGGCCCUGCAGGCUAAAGAAGAAGUCAUCCAGUCUCUAGAGGAGUGUCUAGGAGCCCAGGGGAGAGGUGGCUCAGGACUACAGCUCCUCAGACAGGACCUAGAGAAGACUACCACCAAGCUACACUCUGCCCAGGCCUGUGAGGUCCACCUGAAGACUGAACUGGCCAGACUCAGAGACAGACUGGAGACCAUGAGCAGACAGAGAGGAGAGUUGGUCACGAGAGAAACGGAGCUAAAGCAUAUCAAGGAAGAGAGGAGUCGCUCUGUAACUGAGGUGAAACGGCUGCGUGAGGAGCUGGCGAGGGCGGAGCAGACGCGCUGCUGGGAGGUGGAGGGCAUGAGGAAGGAGGUGUCCCAGAUGACCAAUGAACUGCACCAGCGUGACAUUACCAUCGCCACCCUCAGUGGCUCCGCCUCCAGCAUGGAGCGCCAGCUAAGUGGCGAGGUGGAGAGGGCAGAGCGCCGGGCGGCUGAGCUCAAGGUGACUCAGGUGCAGCUGGAAACUCUGAAGAUUGAGAACCAACAUCUGAAUGAUCUGCUGGAGAGAGUGGAGUCGAGGUCAACUAUGAAAGGGGACCCUUGCCUGGCCUCUCUGAGAGAGAGCUAUGUAUCGUCUCUGAGUAGCUUGGAGCAGGAGAACAGGCAGAUGAGACAGGAGUUGGCGGAGGUGAGAGCUCGCCUGGAGGCCUCUACACAAACCUGGCAGGACAAGCUAGACAGAUCCCUGCUACACAACCAGUCCAGGGCCGGUCCACGACAAACACAAGAUGGGAGUGAAGAGGAACUGCAACAGAGACACAGAGAGGAGAUCUUAGCCAUGGAGGCCAGGAUGCAGGAGAACACCUCGCACUACGAAGAGGAGAUCCAGCGUCUCCUCCAACAGCUGGAGGCACUCUCCUCCUCCUCCCCUCACAGACACCACGGACAGACCCUGGACCACAGGCCCGUCUCAGCCUCCUCUUCCUCCUCCUCCUCGUCCUGUAGAGAAAGCAGACUAGCCCGGGGGACAGCCUCAGCCCUCGUCUGUGUUCCUAAUGGACCUGCACCUCUACCUGUCUCUGCACCUGGUGGUGCUGAGGGCCAGUUGUCCAAUUCAGAGGAGGCUCUACACCUGCAGGCCAGUCAAGACAUACUGAACACGGAGCGCUGUGUGGCUUCCCCUGCUGGCUCGGUGGCUUCCCGGUACCUGGAGGAGGAGAACCUGCGCUCCCAGGAGCUGCUCCAGAGACUAGACGCUCACAUCCAGGGCAUGAGACAGGACAAUGUCAGGACCGUUUCUAAAUACCUGACCAUCCAGACACCUCCCAACCUUAACCCUCCUGACCAUCCAGACACCUCCUAACCUUCACCUUCCUGACCAUCCAGUCACCUCCCAACCUUAACCCUCCUGACCAACCAGACACCUCCCAACCUUAACCUUCCUGACCAUCCAGACACCUCCUAACCCUCUGACCAUCCAGACACCUCCCAACCUUAACCUUCCUGACCAUCCAGACACCUCCCAACCUUAACCCUCUGACCAUCCAGACACCUCCCAACCUUAACCUUCCUGACCAUCCAGACACCUCCCAACCUUAACCUUCCUGACCAUCCAGACACCUCCCAACCUUAACCCUCUGACCAUCCAGACACCUCCCAACCUUAACCUUCCUGACCAUCCAGACACCUCCCAACCUUAACCUUCCUGACCAUCCAGACACCUCCCAA